CGAUCGUCAAGAUCGUAUUAACGCUUUGAAAUGCGGCAUUCGGCGCUUUUUUGCCUCUUCGGAGCGGUUUUGAUUCAAUUUUACGGACCGACGUCUGGACUUUUCGAGGUGUGCGAACAAGGCUCGUGCCAUCCACGAUCGGGCAACCUGCUGGUGGGUAGGAAGGAUCGGCUCAGCGCCUCAUCGACCUGUGGCCAGUCUGGACCGGAAACUUAUUGCAUUCACGGUCCUGGCGGACGAAGGGAUUGCCACGUAUGCGACAAAUCGAGCUCGAGAACCCAACACGAGAUCGACAAUAUCGUCGGCGACGGAUCUCAUCGUAAUCGCUGGUGGCAAUCGGCGAGCGGAGUCGAGAACGUCACGAUAAGGCUGGAUUUGGAGGCGCACUUCGAGUUCACUUAUCUGUUCGUUCGGUUUCGGAGUCGUCGACCCGCGGCCAUGUCGAUCGAAAAGUCCGACGACUUCGGCCAGACUUGGACGGCCUAUCAGUACUUUGCUCGCGACUGCGAAAAAUCCUUCCCCGGAGCUCCGAGGGAGCGACUGAAAUUGUCCGACGCAAUUUGCGAGUCCCGACACUCGGAUUUCGAGCCGGCGACCAACGGAGAAGUCAUUUUUCGGGCCUUGCCAGCCGAUCUGACGCUUCAGGGCGGAAACAUCGACGAGACCUACGCACACAUGCAGAUGACGAAUCUGCGCGUCAAUCUGUCGGCAUUCCCGGCCGAGUUAGAUGCCGCCAAGAGGCCGGACGGAGCCUACUACGCGAUCAGCGAGAUGAUCGUGCGCGGCCUGUGCUCCUGCCACGGCCACUCGUCGCACUGCCUCGGCAGCGAGACGGACCUCGACAUGGUGGGCAGCACCUGCAUCUGCGAGCACAACACCGUCGGCAAGUACUGCGAGCAGUGCAAGAGUCAGUAUCGCGACGCGCCCUGGAGGAGGGCCCAAGGCUCCAAGACCAACGCCUGCCAGGCCUGCCGCUGCAACGGCCACUCGAGGCAGUGCCGCUUCGACGCGCAGCUCUACGAGAAAACCGGCAGCGGCGGCGUCUGCGAGAACUGCCAGCACAAUACAUCGGGCAACAAUUGCGAGCUCUGUCAGACCGGAUAUUAUCGCGAUCUCAACAAAAAAUUGUCCGAUCCAGACGUUUGUAUUCGUACGUCGUAGGUAAAGAUCGCAAAUCGCAUGCCAGUAAAAUGGCGAUAUGGUGAUCGGCCCAUUGAUUCUUUGUACAUAAAAAUCGAUGCUUGUAAAUUUUGUAAUAAAAAUAGCUUUAGGUAAAAAAUUUGCAACUACUACGACGAUUGGAGAAAAAAUUAUUUGGUCAGCGAUGAAAUUAUAACUUUGACAGCAUCCAUGCAUUAUUAUUAUCUAUAAAUUACCUUGCUACUACUCGAUGUAUUGUGUGUUGAAAUUAAAGCUCGCGUUCUCGGACACGCUGUCGAUCAGGCUGCAUCGAGAUGCUCUAUCGAUCUA